AAAAAGUUGCAGGGAAAGAGGCAGAGGCGCAGAGGGCACCGAGCAGGGCUCCCAGCUCCAGCGAGGCCGGAGGCGAGGCAGGCAGGAUGUCCACCGCACACUUCAACCGGGGACCGGCCUACGGGCUGUCGGCGGAGGUCAAGAACAAGCUAGCCCAGAAGUACGACCCCCAGCGGGAGCAGGAGCUGCGGCUGUGGAUCGAGGACAUGACGGGGGAGCGCCUCGGAGACAACUUCAUGGAGGGGCUGAAGGACGGCGUCAUCCUGUGCAAACUCAUCAACAAACUGCAGCCGGGCUCCGUGAAGAAGGUGAACGAGUCCACUCAGAACUGGCACCAGCUCGAGAACAUCAGUAACUUCAUCAAGGCCAUCACCAAGUACGGCGUGAAGCCACACGACAUUUUCGAAGCCAACGACCUCUUUGAGAGCACGAACUACACGCAGGUGCAGUCCACCCUGAUCGCCCUGGCGAGCCAGGCCAAGACAAAAGGUAACAAAGUGAACAUGGGUGUGAAAUACGCCGAGAAGCAUCAGCGCCGCUUCCAGCCGGAGAAGCUGAAGGAAGGACGGAACAUUAUCGGGCUGCAGAUGGGCACCAACAAGUUCGCCAGCCAGCAGGGCAUGACGGCGUACGGCACCCGCCGGCAUCUCUAUGACCCCAAGCUGGGCACAGACCAGCCCCUGGAUCAGGCCACCAUCAGUCUGCAGAUGGGCACGAACAAGGGAGCCAGCCAGGCGGGCAUGACGGCCCCAGGGACCAAGCGGCAGAUCUUCGAGCCCACGCUGGGCAUGGAGCACUGCGACACCCUCAACGUCUCCCUGCAGAUGGGCAGCAACAAGGGCGCCUCGCAGCAGGGCAUGACUGUGUACGGGCUGCCACGCCAGGUCUACGACCCCAAGUACUGCCUCCAGCCCAACUACGCUACGGUCGGCGAGGACGAGUACAACCACAGCCAACACAACUUCUACAACUCCGAAUGAGGGGCCAGGCCGGGGUGAGGCCGAGGCCUGGACUGAUCAGAGACACACGCAGCCAGGGCGCUAGAAGAAACUUUUUUUAAAAAAAAAAAAGCAAGUGAUUACUUUAAAAAGAGGAAUAAGAGGAAAUCCCGACUGCUCCCCCCUGACACUAACCUGCUUACAGAGGGCGCCCCAAUACAGCUCCCCCACCCCUAGAAACAAAAUCCAGCCCUGUCAGAUUCCACCCCCCUUUAUUUAAGUUGCUUUCAGAUGUAUAAUCCAGCACUUGACAAUGCACAGACCUAGAACAAGCCUCAGUUCAAUCAGGAGGAGCUGGGGUGUGGGGGGAAGGACAGAUGUAGACGUGAAAAGCCAGAAACAUUAGUGAGUUUUCGCCAUUAGCACCAGCGUCUCGGCUCUGAGACACUCACCCCCAUCUCCCCACCCUCACCCAAGUGCUCUAGAAAUGCCGCCGCCCCCCGCCCCCCCAUCCCCUUCGCUAAAGCAAGGGGAACAGACAAGUUGGUGAAA